UAAAUGCUUUGAAACGACUUCACUGGCAUCCCUGCAUUGAAUAUAAACAGUUUUUGUUUACUAUCACUGUUUUCAUCGAGUAAUUAAUUGUAACUAAUUUUAAUUUCCCACAUUGAAAAUAUUUCGCAAACGUAAUGAGCGAUUCACAAGAAUCUACGCUGAAACGGCAUCAGGAUGACGAUGAAGAGGAAGACGAAUGGAUUGGCCCCCUGCCGUCGGCCGCAGCUCCACCAAAAAAGCGCAAAGUUCUCGAACAUGAAAAACUGUAUCUGGAUAACUUGCCAAAUACGGACUGUUACGAGAAAUCAUUCAUGCAUCGGGACACUAUCUCCCAUUUGGUAGUGACGCGGACCGACUUCGUUGUGACGGCAAGUGUCGAUGGACACGUGAAGUUCUGGAAGAAGAUGGAGCAAGGCAUCGAGUUCGUUAAGCAUUUCCGGAGUCAUCUAGCUCCGGUAAACUCGAUGGCGGUUAAUUUCAGCGGUACGUAUCUCUGCACGGUGUCGGUCGACAAGAACAUCAAGGUGUUCGAUGUUAUCAACUUUGAUGUGAUCAACAUGCUGAAGCUGGAUUACGUCCCGUACAGAGCGGAAUGGAUACACAACACGGGCGAUGCCAUAGCCUAUUUGGCGGUAACUGACCAAGAUUCAACCAAAAUCUACAUUUACGACGGGAAGGCGGACAACACCCCACUACACGUACUCGAAAAGCUUCACACAAAGCCAGUGAUUAUGUUGAAAUACAAUCCCGUGUAUGAACUAACCGUUUCGAUCGAUAAAGCUGGCAUUUUGGAAUAUUGGUUGGGUGCGCGGCAUGAUUUCAAAUUUCCGUCGAAACUGGUUCACUUCGAAUCCAAGCUUGACACAAGUUUGUACGAGUUUGCAAAAAAUAAAACAAUCGUCUCAUCGAUGGCAUUUUCGCAAGAUGGCAAAAAAUUCGCCACCGUGUCGACUGAUAGGAAGAUUCGAGUUUUCGGAUUGCUUAGUGGAAAGCUGCUUCGGGUGUACGACGAGAGUUUAGCUCGAUAUAGCGAAAGUCAGCAGCUAUCCCAGGCUUUAUCGAAUAUGGAAUUCGGUCGAAGGAUGGCAAAUGAAAGGGAUUUGGAGAAGUCGGAUUCGUUUAGUCUGAUAAAUAUAACAUUCGACUAUAGUGGGCACUUCAUCUUGUAUUCAACAAUGUUGGGCAUUAAGCUUGUGAACAUUGAAACGAAUAAAUGUUUGAACAUUAUUGGAAAGAAUGACAAUUUGCGCCCUUUGCAUAUAGCGUUGUUUCAGGGACGGGUUAGAAACUCCAAAGCAGCGAUAACGCUCGAGCAGGAAGCAUCCGAUAAUCCUACCAUGCAAUCGGUGAUGAAUGAUCCAACGUUAUUUUGCACUGCGUACAAAAAGCAACGAUUUUAUUUGUACAGUCGAAGGUUACCAUCCGACCUGCAGGAUGCUGAUCGCGAUGUCUUCAAUGAGAAGCCUUCGAAGGAAGAUAUUAUCUCAGUCACUGAAGGACAAGGUUCCCAAAAGAUAUACGAUCAUGCUGUGAUCCACACCACCAUGGGCGACAUCCACAUGCGAUUAUUCGGCAAGGAAUGUCCCAAAUCGGUUGAAAAUUUCUGCGUCCACAGCAAAAACGGUUACUACAAUGGACAUAUCUUUCAUCGUGUUAUAAAGGGGUUCAUGAUACAAACGGGGGAUCCAACCGGAACUGGAACGGGUGGCCAGUCUAUCUGGGGAGGAGAGUUCAAGGAUGAAUUUUGUUCGACUUUGAAACACGAUCGUCCGUACACGGUCAGUAUGGCGAAUGCCGGUCCAAACACAAAUGGAAGUCAGUUUUUUGUAACAGUUUUGCCAACGCCCUGGUUAGACAACAAACAUACAGUGUUCGGACGUGUCCAUAAAGGUAUGGAAGUAGUACAGAAUAUUUGUAAUAGCAAAACCAAUCCAAAAACCGAUAAACCAUAUGAUGAAAUUCGGAUAAUUUCUAUUAAUCUCUCGUAGGUGGUCCCCAAAUGUUUGCAAGGAAUGGCAUGUGCAAUAUGGCAGAGUGGUAGGAUGAGAACGGCGGUUCAACGGAACAAAGAAUAAUAAAUCAUGUGACUUUUAGUGAAAUGACACUAGAUUAAAGAGUGCUGGAAAUCUUUGUGGCUGUGAAUUUAAAAAAAAAAGGUGCUCGAUGCUCGAUGCGAUCGAUGCUCCAGGAAAAACUAUCCGGAUGUAGUUCAGUGAUCUUCAUUAUUUACAACCUGUAUUUAAUAAUUUAAACAAUCAUUUGUCGUUAUUU